AUGCGCUGCUGGACGUGGAGUCGAAACGCGUCAUUUGCACUGCUAGCAAGUGGUGCUUUGUGGUCACGAGUACCAACAGCUCGCGUGAUCCGUCUCGACCAGUGGAAGUUCUGCUCCAGCAAUGGAUCUGUGUGCGUGGAGAACGCGACAGUGCCGGGCACGUCGCAUGUUCACUUACUCGAAGCUGAAGUGUUGCUGCAAGACCCGUACUAUCGCUUCAAUGAGGCGCUCUACCAAUGGGUAGCACAAGAAAAGUGGACGUACACGACGCACGUGACGCUGCCGAAGGACGUCGACAAGACACAGACGACGCUCGUGUUUGAGACACUGGACGGCAUCGCUCGAGUACUAGUCAAUGGCAAGCAGGUCGCUGCGACGGCCGACUCCUUCGUGCCUUAUCGGAUCGACCUGGCAGACGUGCUCGUGACGAGUGUGAAUGAGAUCCGAGUGGUUUUCGAGCCUGUGAUGCAGUACGCGAGGCGACAGGCCGACAAGUAUCCUUACUUUGUCCCCGCGACGGAAAACUUCAACACGUGGACCGAGCCGUCACGACGCUCUUUUGUUCGUAAAGCAGGGUCGGAUUUUGGAUGGGACUGGGGUCCAGCCUAUGCGACGGCAGGCAUUGCUGGGGCAGCGUUUAUUGAGGUCAAAGAGCCUGUGGUGGAGCUACUGGACUUGGACAUUCUGCAGGUCUUUCCAAGCGGAAUCGAUGAUCUCUCAGCUGUGGAUGUUACAGUGAGCGUGGCACUGAAGGGUGGCAUCGCGAGUCAGCGAGCCCUCACGCUAGAACUAUUUGUCGAUGAGGUGAAAAAAGCUGCUACCACUACGACGACAUCGAAGAAUUGGACGGAAAAUGCGGUGGUAGAUCUCACGUUUCGGCUGAACUAUCCCAAACUAUGGUGGCCUGUAGGAUACGGCGAGGCACACCUCUAUGAUAUACGAGUAGAUGCUUGGAACGCGCAUACAAAAUCGUCUCUUUUCCAGAAGACCGGCAUUCGUCAUGUGGAACUUGUUCAAGACGACACGAAUGCUGGCAACGUGACUGGGAAGACAUUUUACUUCAAAAUCAACGGUGUCCCUGUGUUCAUCAAAGGCGCGAACUGGAUUCCGACAGAUUCGUUUCCUACGCGCACCAAGACAUCCACAGUGCAGCAUUUGCUCGAGAGCGCGCGUGCUGCAAACAUGAAUAUGAUUCGUGUGUGGGGCGGUGGUAGGUACGAGUCCGACUUCUUUUACUCGGAAUGCGACCGACUGGGCAUCCUAGUAUGGCAAGAACUCAUGUUUGCGUGCGGAAUGUACCCUCGAGACACCGCAUUCCUGAACAAUGCUCUGGAGGAGGUGAAGUAUCAAGUCAGCCGACUGCGCAAAUAUACCAGCAUCGCAAUAUGGGGUGGCAACAACGAGAAUGAAAACAUGAUGGAGCAAUUCGCUGCAGCUCCGAUCUUUCCACCAGGAACGACUUUCAAUCGUGAUAUCGCGGUUGCUGACUACACCAAGCUCUAUGUCGACCUCUUUUACCCUACGGUCACUGCAAUCGACUCAUCCAGGCCGUUUGUCGACACAUCUCCGUCAAACGGCUUGUAUUCCGUCGAUCCGUACGUCAAGCGAUGGGGGUCUUCGAACGACAUCGCGUAUGGGGAUGUCCACUUUUACGACUACAACAACGAUUGCCAGGACUAUCGCAUAUAUCCUCGAGCUCGCUUUGUGUCCGAGUUUGGUUUUCAGAGCUGGCCUUCAGCUGCUUCACUUCGCGACGUUAGUUCAAAAGAGGACUGGGGCUCUUUCCAAGCAUUCUGGAGAUUCCUAAAGUUUCGCGAAAGACACGAGAAUGGCACGACUCAGAUGCGUACGCAAUUAGAACGCCGCUUUGACAUCCCGUUACCCUUCCGCAACGAGAAAUGGCUUGCGGGAGCAUCUGAUACGCUGGAAGACGAGUUCUCUGGUUUCAGCAUCAACAAGAGCAUCGAGUCGUAUUUGUACCUCACUCAAGUCCAGCAAGCCUUGUGCUACCAAACCGCGAUACAAACUUGGCGGCGCGGUAAGAACCUCGAGCUUGGCAUGACGAUGGGAAUCUUGUACUGGCAGCUGAACGAUAUUUGGCAAGGCAGUAGUUGGUCGAGCAUCGAGCACGCAGGUCGAUGGAAAAGCUUGCACUACGUGGCAAAGCGCGAGUUUGCUCCAUUCAUCGUUUCAAUCCAUGAGCAGAGCAGUGACGGAACCUUGCAAGUGUACGCCGUAAGCGACGUGAACCAAGAGUUAGACGUGAACAUCGUCUAUGAGCUCCGACGAGUCAAGUGUGGCAGCCUCGUGAAGUCGAUUGCGCGCACUGCGGUUGAGAUUGCAGCGCUGGAGAGCCGACCGAUCGACGAGCUCAAUGUCAAUGCCCUGCUCGAUCACGAUGCUACCUCUUGUAGUCGCCAAUCGUGCUACUUGGACAUCCGCUGUGUCGUGAAGAACCGCGGUACUCGUUCCGAGGUCACUCCUGUCUGCGAGGACACGCAUCACUUUUUCGCCCCGUUCAAGCACCUCGACUUGGGGCAAGGCGAGGUGACCGUGCACUCGGUCGUGAAAACAACCGCUGCCAACGCUACUGCGUUCCGCGUAGAGCUCGUGUCGACGGACUUUGUCGCGCUCUUCGUCGAGCUCGAUGCCCCGGGUGUGCCUGGCUACUGGAGCGUGAACUCGUUCUUGAUGCUGGACAACACGAUGAAGACGCUCACGUUCCUGCCAGCGCCUUCGCAAGGGGCAGCCAAGCUGUCCGGGGCUACGUUUGCCCGCCUGGUCGCCGUGAACUGGCUGCAAAAGCGCUUUGAUUAUGAGACGGCGCACAUUGCGGUCAUGUAA